UGUUUCAUAUAUAAAGUUCAAUUUGAUUGGUGUUUAUUUAGUCGACAACAAAAUUAUUUGUUUUGUAAUGUGAUAUUUGCAACUUAAUUAUUCGUACGUCUUCUUCAGGAACAAAUUUCAUUAAUAAAGCUAAUUUAUAAAAGAGUAGGGAAAAGAAAUCUUUUUUUCCAUCUUAUUUAGUCAAUUCUUCUUCUCUUUUAUUCCUUUUCAAAUGGCGGGAAUAUUUUAUAAGCGCCGUUUGUAAAUUAAAUUAUUAAACAAAGAAAAGUUAAAUUAGUUCAAUAGUUGAUUAUUGUAUAUAAUUAUGAAUACAAUAAACAUUAACGAUUUGAGGGGAUGCCCAUAUAAAAAAAGAUAUUUGAAAGGGUACCUCCUUUAUCUUAUCUAUAUCGUAUCUGAAUUUCCUCAUAACAAUAUAUUUGUUCCAUAUAAGUACAAAAGUAUAUUAGUCAUCCUAAAACAAGAUUUCUCUUUCCGUUCUUUGUGUUUUGGUUGAAGGAUAAUAUAAAAGUUUUUGAAUAAUAUGUUUAAAUCGAAGGAAAAGAAAGUUAAUUCGACAAAAGAUACAAAAACUACUUCAGGCGUCACAAGUACGCAGAAAUAUAAUACAAUCAGUAUUCAAAAUAGUAGGACUAUAAAUUACUCUUCGUAUUAUAGCGUAACCCAAACAAAUUCUACAUCGUCAAGUUCAAGUCUUUUAAGAACAUCUGCUCUACAUUCAUCACCCAAUUUAAGCGAUUUAUCCACAGGAUUUGUCAAAUCAAAUAUCAAACCUAGGGCUAUAUCAGUUUUUGAAACUGACGCAGUACCAUUAGUACAACCCCUAAAUUUAUCCAAGAUAGUAAAUAAUUACCAAAGUCCUUUUGCAAGACAACUUACACAGUACAACAGUACCAGACUUUCCUCUCUGCAACCAACUACCCCACACAAUAAUGCUGUUAAUUCCGUUGUUCCGACUUAUACUACGAAUAGCAAAAAUAAAGGAAAAGUACUUAUAAUCAACAAUAUAAAUUUUGUUAAUAGUCAAGAACGUAAAGGAGCUAAAGUAGAUGAAAAGGAAAUUUCUAAUCUGUUUAAGGAAAUGGGUUUUGAUGUUUUAAUCCAUAGGAAUUUAAAAACUUUAGAAAUGAAACACAAAAUAAAAAAAUUCAGUAGCGAUAAAAGUUUGUCAAAAGUAAGUAUCUCCGUUGUAGUGAUAAUGAGUCAUGGUACGAAUACUAUCAAUAAACAACAGAUACCGGGUAGUUACACCCUGGUAUGUGGAAUAGAUGAUGGCGGCGUUGAAAUUGAUGAAAUAGUAGCGGAGUUUUCAGGGGAAAAAUGUUCAGCAAUGAAGGGAAAACCGAAAUUAUUUUUUUUUCAAUGUUGCAGGGGGGAAAAAACCGAAUUAAAAGUUGAUGCGGUUCCUAUUAAACCAGUAGUAAAAGCGCAUGCUGAUGUACUUAUUGCAUAUUCUACAUUACCAGGUUUUUAUUCGGUGAGGGAUGAAGAAAAAGGCACUUGGUACAUUCAAAGCAUCUGUGAUGUUUUUAGAAAACACUAUAAGGAUUUCGACGUCGAAACUCUCCUUAAAAUAGUCGACGAACAGCUUUCUAAAAAGCACCCCGAAUAUGUUCAGACAUCCGUAUACGAAUCCAGAGGUUUUAAACGAUGUUUCUUAUACCCUCGAUAAAAAUAACUGAUUUAAACACCGCCUAUCCGAAUAGGUGGUUGUUUACCCCUAAGUAUACCAAGUAUUAUUUUAAAAAAUUCAAUUUUUAUCAUAUAUUCAUCAGAUUUUGUUUUAAAACAAACAUAGUUUUUGUUAUUAUACAAUAAAAACAAAAAAUUUAAUGUAAACACAAAAAUAAGCAUUUAAACGAGAAUAUUACAAAAAAAUGAACAAAAA